AUGAAUAUUUUGGAAAUAAUUAUUGAUUCCAAAUUUUUGCUAGGAAUAGGAGUAGGUUUUUUUGUGGCUUCAUUUCUUAUGUUACCAAAGAAUGAAAAUAAUUAAGGGAAUGGUUCAUAUUCUAAAUUAAAAUUAUCAUCGAAAUCGAUUCCUUCAACUUAAGAUUUAAAACAAGUUUAUUAAAAAACAAAUGAAAGAAAUAAACAACCUUAAUAAAAGGGUCAAACUUUCUAAGAAUUAUAAUAUAAUGGAUAAAGGGGUUAAAAAAAUGAUUUCUAGGGAGAAGAUGAAAUAAGAAAAAAGGUAAAGAUGCAAUAUCAUCAAUAUGAACCAAAGUAUGAUGAAACAUCAAUUAAAGUUUAAUCAAUUAAUACUUCAUCAGAAUUUGAAAGCUCUUAACCUUUGAGAAUUGACGAUCCAAUUCUUUAGCAAAAUAACGAAAACUUCGUAUCUUAUAAUGAAGAUAAAUAUUUUAAUUAAAAUGAUAAAGAAUUUGAUGAUAAUGAUAAAGAUUUAGAAGAAUUAGCAAAUAUCUAAGAAUCUCCAAUACUAAAAAACAAUAAGUCCAAUGAUAGAAAAUUAAAUGUAAAAUUAGAAUUCUAAAAUAAAAUGUAUGAUUCAGAAAACUAAGGGUGAAAGAUAAGGG